AAUAUUUUUAAUUUAUUCAGUUUUCUGAUUCUGUCGUCAUUAGUAAUACGCGUUUUCUUUUGGGAAAAAGUUCAUAAAAAUGUAUUUAUUUCAUCACAAGAAUGCAGCUUUCAAACUUGUAUCACCUGGUAAAAUUAUACCAUUAGGAACAUCAGUUUGAAACCAUGGAAAACUCUAAUCAAUCUUCGUAUUUUCCCCGAAAUGAUUUAAUAGAUCGUAAUGUCGCCGUUGAUCACGACGAACCUUAUCCUAGUUUAUCAGAUUAUCACGAUUAUGAACCUAAUUUAGAAUUCGACGAUACCGAAUUACAAACAUCAGUCGCUAUAGCAGAUGCAGCCAAAAUCGAAGAAGAAAAAACAUGCGACAUCAUCGGCGGAUUCGAUUACUUGGAGUCGCCCGUAUCCGAUGGCACUAUCGAAGAAAACUUUGAAGAAGAAUUGGUCAACGCUCCUGUUAGCUCGUACAAUAGUAUAUAUUCGUUUAGAGAUAACGACGAUGACGACGAAGAUUUCAGCGAUGUAUCGCAAUACGGUAUUGUCGAAGUUGUAGGCGACGAUGCUUAUGGACGAAAAAUUAUCACAGUUACCGCGUGCAAAUUACCAAAUAGCAGCCAACUAGAUCAUCAGCGAUUGUUAAGGUAUUUGACACACACCUUGGAUACGUUCGUAGAACAAGAUUACAGUUUGGUUUAUUUCCACUACGGAUUAAAUAGUAAAAAUAAACCAUCGUUGGCAUGGCUGUGGCAAGCAUAUCGUGCAUUCGACAGAAAGUACAAAAAAAAUUUAAAAGCGCUGUACCUAGUACAUCCGACGAAUUUCAUAAAAUUCAUUUGGACGUUCUUCAGAGCUGCUAUUAGCGUUAAAUUCGGUCGCAAAAUUAUGUACGUCAACUACUUACACGAAUUAGCCCAGUACCUGAAUUUAGAUCAAUUAAAUAUCGCUCAACCCAUUUGGGAGCACGACCGAAAAUUAACCGUGAAAAUUAACAAAUCUUCAAAAGUAGUCGGUACCAGUGCAGCUUCGGCGUCAGAACUGCCUUCAAAUAUUGAAAGUACAACUCAACUUUUGCCAACUCGACAGUUCGGCGUAUCGUUGCAAUUCAUCAAAGAAAACAAUGACAUGGAUAUUAUCCCACCGAUUGUUCGGCAAUGCGUUGAAUUUCUCAGUCAACCUGAUGCUUUGGAAACCGAGGGAAUAUUUCGUCGAUCAGCUAAUGUGUCUUUGGUUCGAGAAGCUCAAAUCAAGUGUAAUCGAGGUGAAGAGGUCGAUUUCAAGAACGAUGUGCAUUUGGCUGCUGUUCUUUUAAAAACAUUCCUAAGAGAAUUAGAAGAGCCUUUAUUAACGUUCGAACUUUAUGAUGAAAUCAUGCAAUUUCAAAGUAUACCAAAAGAUGAACGACCUCGUCACGUUAAAAUCUUAAUACUGGAAAAAUUACCCGAAGAUAAUUACCAAUUAUUGAAAUAUCUAGUUUGCUUUUUAUCGAAGGUAAUGGAUCGCAGCGAUUUGAAUAAAAUGACGUCUUCCAAUCUAUCGGUGGUAUUUGGGCCGAAUUUGGUAUGGAGCCCGAAUAAUCAGCUGUCGUUAUCGUCUAUCGGGCCGAUCAACAUGUUCGUCGAUUUUAUGCUCACAAAUUACGACCAAAUUUUCAUUAUUUAACGCGUCAACAACAACAAUGUCAAAAUUAACUGAUCAAACUCCCACAAUAAAAGUUAUUCUUAUUUUAACGUUAAUAACAAUUUAUAGUCUUAAUGUUUUAAAUUCUUAAUUUUUAAGCGUUUAACGGCGGUUAUUUAACGUUUAGCGUUAAAUUUAACUAGUCUUUAUUUUUUAGUUCCUUUUUCUCUUCUUCAUUCCCCCCUCCCCCCUCUUCUCAUUUUCAUCAGACUAUGCGUCUCUCUGUCUGUCUCUCUCUCUCUAUCUCUGUAUUAUCGUAUAUCAUAUACUUUUUUACAUCUGCAUCAUAGUCAUAAGUUCACCAAAAAAUAUAAAUUUUUAUUUUUUUAUUAAUUAUUAUAUUGUAUUGUUUAAUUGUGAUAUGUUUGUCAAGUAUCUGUGUCCAAUUUACACCCGCGAACUCGUGUCGUCUGAAGUUGUUACGAUAUUUUGCGUUAAGAAAAAUCCCCGCAGGUACCCAUUUUAUAUUAUACAUUCGAUGAUUUUUCGCGAGUAAAAUUCUAUCGAAAGAAUCGUAAUAUUUAGUAACUACGUUAUUAUUUUUCUAAUUUCAUAACUAAUACAUUUUAUAGUUUAUACUCUUUAUUAUCGUUAUUCCAAAGAAAUGUUACGAUUAAUAUGAAUAAUUAAAAUGUAAUUAGUGUAUUGUUUUGUAGCAUGGAAACCCAAUAUGCGCUGUUUUCACUGUAAAUAAAUGUUUUGGUGUCGUUUA